AUGAUUACAGGGCGCCAGGCCGGGAAGUCCAGCCCAGCGGGGUCGGGGCGUUGCUGUCGAUGGGAAGGGCAGGGACUAGGGAACCUUUUCCCAGCGAAGGGCUUUCGGACAGGCAACAGGCAGCCGGAUCCCGAGAAGGUUUACUCGCAGGUGGCCGUGUAUUUCACCGCGGCCGAGUGGGCCUUGCUGGCUCCUGGCCAAAGAGAUCUCUACAGGGACGUCAUGUUGGAGAACUACGGGAGCGUGGCCUCUCUGGCAGCAGACGUAGAGGAGACAGCUGGGGAAUUCCAGGGGUUCGCUUUGGAAAAAGUCAAGAAUGAAAAUGCCGAAGGACACUUCGGAGACGGGCCACAGAGGCAGGAGGAGGGCCACACAGCUGGGGAUGAUCAGAGGGAUGAGGAGGUUGAGGAGCUGUGUCAUCCAUUGCCAGAUACAGUCAAGAUUGAAGACCUGAGAGGAAAUGUCAUGAAUCGAGGCAGACCUAAGAGGCAGAAAAGAAGCCACGUGGUCAAGAGGAGGGUUAAACCCAUUCCUUGCCAAGGGGGAAAAUUCCAUGAAGUAAGUCACAUGGUGGAGGAAACACACACGUGCUUGGUGUGUGGAAUGAACUUCUCAGAUCAAACCCAACAUAAACUCCAUUUACGGAUGCACACUGGAAAGAAGACCCGUCAAGGCCUGGAGGGUGGAAAGGCCAUGAUUCGCAGAGCAGAGCUCCUAAGACGUCGAAGGACACACAAAGAAGAGAAAUCUUACAGCUGCUCAGACCGUGGCAAGAGGUUCCCCGAGAAAUCAGACGUUGUUGGACACAAAAAGAUUUGGUCUGAAGAGAAGCUGUUUAUUUCCUCAGAGUCUGGAAUGGCGUUCUGUAAAGGAGGAAAAGGAAAUAUACAUUUUCCAAAGCACAGUAUAAUGAAGGCACAUAAAUGCUUUUGGUGCAGAAAGUACUUCAGAUACAGAUCACAGCUCCUUGUGCACCAAAGAAUCCACAGAGGAGAGAAGCCUUUGGAAUGCUCAGAGUGUGGGAAGAGAUUCAGCCAGAGUGGCUGCCUUCAAAAGCAUCUAAGAACCCAUACAGGGGAGAAGCCUUUUGAAUUCUCUGAUUUUGGGCAGAGAUUGAGUCACAGUGACGCUCUUAUAAGGACCCAAGCAGGGGAGAAGUCUUUUGAAUGCUUAGAGUUUGGGAACAGAUUUAGUCACACUGGUAAUUUUGAGUUGCACCAAAGAACCCACACAGGACCCAAGCAGGGGAGAAGUCUUUUGAAUGCUUAG